AUGAAAAGAUUUGGAAUUAGCAGCAUAUUGGAAACUCGCUCUAAAAUGCCAGAAUUCUUCCCGACCGGAUCUACGACGUGUGUUAUCAAUUCAUGCACUUCGCUCGGUGUUUAUGAACGCUUCUGCUGUGUACCAAAUUUGACCGAAUGCUGUGGACAAGUCAGCAUAUUUGGAUGGUUGCUGACCGGUGCUCUUACGGUCGUGGCUGUUAUUUUGAUCUAUUGGGCAGUAUACAAGAAAUGCAAUAAAUAA